UAUUGCAUCAGCACAUAAUAUUGUACCACUGCUCUCGUCCUCUCUUUACUAAUACGUCUUUGUAUAUCAGUAUUUAUAUUUGAUGUCUAGUGGUUACAGACCCCUUAAUCAGGAGUCUGACGACCAUGACUUGUUAGGUGAUAUCCUGAAAGAGUCGACUAGUGUCUUUAACUUUGAUCCUGCUUCUUAUUUUGACGACUGGUUCGAUGAGCCGGCCACUGCCAGUGCUGUGAAUGUAGUGGAGUCCAGCUCUUGUGAUGAGGAAGCAAAACAGGGCCCCUCGUAUCCUAGAAAUGGUGGUAAACUAGUCGAGUUUCAGUCUCAAGAUGUGGUUAUGGGAGAGUUUCAGUCUCAAGAUGUGGUUAUGGGAGAGAAAGAAGAAAUUCCCGAGUACACAAAACCUACCAAAGUUCAUUCCACAGACUCCGAAGAUAGUGGCAAAAGAAAAGAAAAGAAGAAAAGGCCCCCUCCCAUGUACUCCGAAAACCCGCCGUUUCCUGUUCCGUACGGUGACGAGAGUCUGGGCUACAGAGACAGUGCUCCUUAUCGCGGCGGGGCGUUGCCCUAUGAAGACGAAGGGGACGAUUUGUCGUACGAUCACUACGAACUGGUCCAGGCUGGUGUGGAACCAUCAACCUUCUCUCCCAAACGGUUCCCUAGACAGGUUGACCUGGCGGACUCUGGAGUAGUCAUGGACAUCAUGGAAACUUCACCGUACAUGACAAAAAUGAGCCACGAGAAGUAUAUAGACGAUAGUAGUACAAGUAUGAGCAAACAGAGUUUCGACAUUGCCAUGUCGGACGAUGAUACGGCGAAGAAAGCCCGGUGGUGUUUGGUAUGCUUGAAAACUUACUGUGUUAUCUUCAUGUUGACUAUAAUAUCUUUGAGCAUCUAUGUGGCGGCAGAUUUGGGUGAUUUUACGACAGAUGCGAAGGUAGCCAAGAAAGAGGCGGAGGAAGCACAAACGAGGGGUUAUAAAGAGUUACGACUGGGAGGGAGGCGGGUUUUUUAUAGGAUCAAGGAAUCAGAGGGCAUGGCUAACCAUACCGUUCUUCUCAUCCAUAGCGAGAAUUCAAGUGGCGAAAUGUUCAACAAGUUGGGAACAUUGGACUUCCUUAGUGCCCACGGAGCUAGAGCUGUUGCUAUAGACAUGAUAGGAUAUGGUAAGAGUGAUCCGCCAAUCCAUAUCCCGGAAACUUAUGAAGGAUUCUUCACUGAGAUAGUAUCCCUGUUCGAGCUGGAAUACAACCUGAUCCUGGUUUGUGUGGAAACAGGAUGUGAGAAACUUCUCCCAUACUAUCUCCACCACGGGGUGUACCGACAAGACAACAGUUUUAUAGAGGGCGCAGUGUUCAUCUCCCCACGAGGCACUACCUACAGUAACUUUGUAGAGCCUGCCAAGUCUCACAUGAAUACCGCUACUAGGACUGUUGUGGUGAGCGGAGCUAAGGAUCAGUUUGUUAAUAUGGAGGUUAACCAGCAGCUUGAUCUUAUUCCUCGGUGCGAGAUACACGCACUGCCAGACUUGAAGAACAACUUCUACUCUAACAAACACAGUAAGCUCUACUUCCACGCUGCAUUACAAGCGUUUAUGGAAGGACUGGCAUAUGAGUACGACAGAGAAUUACAAGAGAUUAGCCAGCAUGAACAAAGCAAUGAAGAAGGAAGCGGGACUAAUCCUAAUCUUGGAAAUAUGAAUAAUCAGUACGGGUACAAUAAUCAGAAUCAGCCACAGUACCAAGUACCCCGACCACAGGGCGGGGAUGCUUUCAGCAGGUUCCAGGCUAAACAGAACCCUGAGGAGUCCACAUUUCAAGACUUGGGAUAUAACCCUGCUCAUAGAUUCUCUAGAAUAAAGGGAGAAAAGUGAUCUAAUUUCGGCAUUUUCAUAAAAUGUUUAGAGCGAACGGAAUCAGGCCGAUGGGCUCCACUGCAAGAUUGCUUCUAACUUCUUGUCCCUCGAACAGUAUUACAAUUUCGUUUCUUGGAGGGCUGGAACUGUUGAUAUCUUAUCAACGAUGAAUAAUAAUAUGAAUUGACAACCGAUCCGCUGACAGUAUGAUAUUUAUAGAAUUAAAUAUUAUAGAAUAUAUUUAUAGAAUUAAAGCAUCGUGAUAUUCAGCAUGAGUCUUAUCAUGCUUAUUGUAUUUAACAACUGUUUUAAUAAUACUAACCGCUUUUUUAGCCACUAACCGACAUUUCGCCAUCAAGCUUUGAUGAUUAAUUACUUUUUAAUUCACAGUUUCAGAGAACUGCAGUGGUUUUGAUGUGCACGAAUUUUAAUAUUUGUUGAACAAUUUUAUUUGAUAUUUGUGAAUUGCGAUGCAAGUUUGGCGUAAUAA